AUGUUGUUAUUGUGUUUAUUCUUUUUCAUCCAUCAAUCUGUUGCGGAAGAAGCAGCUUCAAAACUUACAGAAUCGAGCGAUGUAAUAAAUGAAAACGAACCCACUGCAGAUUCAAGUGAAUUAGAGGCCAUUAAAAAAAUUCAAUUUGUUGAAUCUCCCGAAAGCGUUAUAGAAAAUAUAAUUGACGAUGAAUCAGAAAACGAAACAUUGAAUAUUGAAUAUAGUCACGAAAUUUUACCCGAAGAUACUCCAGAUUCCGAAGAAAUGAAAUUCAAUCAAGAUAUUAAUGAUGAAGAAAUGGAAGAAUCUGGAAAUUCUGAUAUGGAAAGUUUAAUAGAUGAAAAUUACAAAGAAAAUCAAAACAAUUUAGAUACGAACUCUCAAAAUACCCAGCAAACUCUAAAUGAACCACCAAAAGAGGAAUUUUCUCAGAUGCAUGAUAUCGAACCCGAAACAAUUAAUACAAAUAUCGAUACAAAUCAACAAACAGAUACAGAUUUUCAAGAAGAUCCAUUACAUACUCAAAAACCAGUCGUAUCUUUAGGAGAACCACCAAUUAUAAACUACGAAUCAAUGAUCAAAGAAGACAAUGAAAUUUUGAAAGAAAAUAAAGAUUUCGAAAAUCCAUUUUUUAAAGACGAAUCAGAAGAAUCAUCUCAUACAUCAUCAGAUACAAGAACAUUGGAAGCAACCCAAGCUUUUACUCCUUACGUAACUAAAACAAAAGCCAAAUUCCAGAUUGUAAAUAUUUCUACCACUGAAGUUAGUUGCAAAGGACGUGACCAAAUAUAUAUAACCGUUUCUAAGAACAUUUCUGGUUUGAUCUAUUGUAAAUUCAAAGAUUUGAUUGUUACAGGUACAAGGACAUCAAAUGACACAGCAGUCUUUGUUGUUCCUAAAAUGUCACCGGGUGUUGUAAAUAUAUCAUUAUCGUUUGAGCGUCAAAAAUGGACUGAAGAACAGAUGAUUAUAGUAAUUGAUGACUCAGAUAGAACUCCAAGGCUUAUUUUGUGCGGCAUCAUAAUAUUUGUAAUAUUAGUUAUAGCAUUGGCCGCAAAAUCUUUGUGGAAAAAGGGUUCAAGAAAGAGAAAAUUAGAAAAACUUAGAAACCGUAAGAAUACAUCUCCUCUUGUUCUUAGUUCAAUACCUUUAGAUGAAAAUGACAAGAGAGCUGCCAGAAAACGCGGAGAUGCCGCAAAAGACAUUAUAUAA